UUUUUUUUCUUUUUUCAAUGAGGAAAAGAAUAAAAUAUUUUCAAUUUUUUCUCAUAGAAAAAAAUUCAACAAAAUGCAAUACAGUAGAACGUUUUCAUUUAUGAAGUCUAUAGUACCUCUACUGAUAAACAACAAUUCUAUACAAUGUGGUAAUAUUAAACUUUGGAAACAUGGUUCACUUGUAUAUGCAUUGCAUUGGCCAACAACAAAAUUUAUUCAUACAACGACUACUCUUCAAACUUCUGUCGUUGAAAAAAUGAAAUCAACUACAAGAACAAAAAGGAUACUUAAGUGGAUAAAAGACAAAGUAUAUGAUAUCGAAGUGGAUAAAACAAAAACGUUGGCUUAUUCGGAGUAUGAAUAUAUUGUAGAUAAAAUAGAUUAUUCUGUAUUUUUUAAAGAGUUUAACAUGCCAGACACAUUCUAUUCGUGGUUCUUAAUAACAGAAUUACAUGUAUGGAUGUUGAUGGUACGCUUUAUGGCGGAAGGAAAAUAUGGUAAAAUUGCUAGAAACACUUUAGUAGAAGCGAUGUGGGAUGAUGUAGAUGUGAGAUCGAAAAAGUUAGGAGAAAUGAGUUCAUCUAUUAGAAGAAAACAAAUAGAGGACUUAUCGCACCAGUUUAAUGCUGCUAUACUUGCUUAUGACGAAGGUAUAAUGUCUGACGACAAAGUACUGGCAUCCGCAUUAUGGGGAACAUUUUUCAAUUUAGAAUGUAAUAAUCCAGAGCAUAUAGAAAAAUUAGUAAUUUAUGUUAGAAAGCAGAUUAAUUACUUAGAUAAAAUACCAUCACAAAAAAUAUUAAAUCAUCCACAGAUAAAGUGGUUAGAACUUAAAAAAAUAAAUAUAAGUGAUACUUGUUAAUAAAUAAAUAUGUAAUCAAAAAUAAUUCGUAGAUAUUGCAUAUAAUUUUACUCUCUUAUUGUUGCAAUUUAAAUAAUAUUUUUCCAAUUAAA